AUGGCAUUAACGUCCUCAUUCCUUCCUUCCCGGCCAUUACAUUUACACCGGAAGACUGUCAUCCAGAGUAAAAAGAGAUUAAUUCCGGCGAGGAAGAUCACCUUGAUGAGAAGAGAAUCCCACAACCACAACGACGGGCAGAACAUGGUAGACGAGGGAAUGUUGAUUCUGAGAAUGAGAAUUCACGAGAUGAAGCUGGCCGACAAGAAUUACGAGUCGCCACCGGAGGAAUGGAUGUGGUGGGAGAAGCAAGUUUACGGCGACUACGACGCCUUCAUUUGCGACGUGAUGGGGAUGUUGCAGUCGUGGCUAUUGGAGACUCGACCGGCAACGGCGGUGGGCUUCUUGGUGAUUUUGGCUCUAAGCCUCCCUAUCUCGGCAGCGACGGUUAUGUUUCAUGUGGCAAGGAUAUUGAUAGCUGGGCAUAUUCCUUGACAACAUUCAACUUUUAUUUAUCAAAUUUAGCUCAC